AUGUUGGCCACCUCUUUGCCGUCCACCCUAAAAGGCUUUGUGCGGGCGGAGUUCGAGGACACCUGUCGCCGGCGGUUUUUCUUCGGCCCCUCCUUUGAGCCUUAUGGCGGGACAGCCGGGCUGUACGACCUCGGCCCUGUCAUGUGCGCGAUGAAGUGCAAUCUUCUUGCGUUUUGGCGGCAGCAUUUCGUCCUCGAGGAAGGGAUGUGCGAGAUCGAGCCGACCUGCCUGACCCCGGAGGCGGUUUUUAAAACCUCCGGGCACGUCACCCGGUUUAACGACGUGAUGGUGCGGGAUACCAUCACCGGGGAGUGCAUUCGCGCGGACAAGUUUCUGGAGGAGUGGAGUUCGGCCCAACUGGGCGAUCCCGCGCUCCCGCAGGAGAAAAAAGACGCUCUUCUGCACCUCCUACACGACGCCGCCGGGAUGGACCAGGCGGCGAUCCACAACGCCCUGACGACCCACGCGAUCACCUCCCCCAAGGGCAACCCGCUCAGCCCGCCCUUUCCCUUUAAUUUGAUGUUCUCGACGUUGGUGGGGCCGGAAGGGGAUCGGGUGGGGUACCUUCGCCCGGAGCUCGCACAGGGGAUCAUCUUGAAUUUUAAGCGUCUGAUGGACUCGGGGAAUGCGCAGCGGCUGCCCUUCGCGGGGUGUGCGGUGGGGACGGCGUUCAGAAACGAAAUCGCCCCCCGGGCGGCGCUGAUUCGCGUGCGGGAGUUCACCUUGGCGGAGAUCGAGCACUUCGUGAACCCGAACGACAAGUCGCACGAGCGGUUUGAUCGGGUACGCGGGGUGGGGAUUUGGGCCUGGCCGCGGGCGGCGCAGGCGGCGAAUGCCGAUCCCGCCCCCCUUACGAUUGGCGAGGCGGUGCGCGAUGGGAUUAUUGAUAAUGAAACCCUCGGCUAUUUUAUCGCGCGCGUCGCGAUCUUUCUCGAGGCGAUCGGGGUGCGCUACUACCGGUUUCGCCAACACCAGCGGGAUGAGAUGGCGCACUACGCGCAGGACUGCUGGGAUGCGGAGCUGCUGACGUCGUAUGGGUGGGUGGAGUGCGUGGGGAUUGCCGAUCGCUCCGCCUACGACCUCACCCAACAUAGCCAGGCGACCAAGCGGAAUUUGAACGCCCGGGUGGAGUACGAGCGGCCGCGAAUGGAGCCGGGCCUCCAGCGAAAGCCCGCGAAGGGCCUGAUUGGGAAGACUUUCGGCAAACAGGCAGGGGAGGUCCUGGCGUACCUCACCAACGCCUCGCUGGAGGAAUGUCAGGCGAUUCGCAACGCGCAUCAGGCCGGGCAGGACGCCGAGCUGACGCUGGGCUCGGGGACGGUCAAGCUGACCCCCGCGAUGGUGCAGUUCGAGGAGCAGGAGGUAAAAGUCACCGGCUACUCCUUCACCCCGAGCGUGAUCGAGCCCUCUUUUGGGAUUGGACGGAUUUUGUACUCUCUGUUGGAGCAGAGCUAUUGGGUCCGUCGAGAUGACAACGCGAAGAACGAAAAACGGGCGGUCUUUAGCUUUUCGCCGCUGCUCGCGCCGCAGAAGGUGGCGCUGCUCCCGCUCAUGGUGAAGCCGGAGUUGAUGACGACGAUUGGCGAGCUGCGGGAGGGGCUCAUCAUGUCCGGGGUCUCCACCCGCGUUGAUGAUAGUGGGGUGACGAUCGGAAAGAAAUACGCCCGCGUGGAUGAGCUGGGCAUUCCUUUUGCGAUUACGGUGGAUUUCGAGAAGGACGGCGCGGUGACGCUGCGGGAGCGCGAUAGCGCCUCUCAGGUGCGCAUUCCAAAGGAAAAAAUUUACGAGGUGAUGAGUCAGCUCUGUCAUACGUUAAGCCCCCGUACCUGGAAAAGUGUGCAGGAGGAGUUUCCCUCUCAGGCCGCUGGUCCAGCAGAAAAGUAA